AAUAUUCCCUUUUUUUUUUGUUAUUCAUUUUUAAAUUUUAUUAAAUAAUAUGGCUACACGAAGUAGAACUUUAUUGUUUCUUCAAUAUAGAAACUCAUAUGCAAGAACACAAAGUUCUGCUCAUCAUUUUUCAGCAGGUGCAUCCGAAACGGAAGGUCUCAUAGAGAGUUCAGAUCAUGUCAUAGAAAUGGCCGUGCUGCCGCCCAAAUGGGUAGAUAUUGUAGACGAAGUUGAUGAAGCAUUAGACAUUGUAAAAGAUAAAAUUACAAAGCUAGAAGGCAUGCAUCGCAAACAUUUACUACCUGGGUUUGAUGAUCGAAGUUCAGAUGAAGCAGCCAUUGACAACUUAACACAAGAAAUUACAAACGAAUUUUAUCGUAUAAAACGAGAUAUUCAACGCAUUCGAGUUGGAGAAAAUGAUUCCGAUCAAGAUGAUAAAUUAGCAAGGAAUAUACAAACCAGUUUAGCGACAAAAGUUCAAGACGUAUCAACAAGCUUUAGGAAACAGCAAUCAUCCUACUUACAAAGAUUACAAGGUCAGGAGAAUCGAAAAGCAGAUAUUUUAGGAUUGGAAUCUGAUCUAAGUAAUGAAGCGGCUGAAUUACUGCUAGAUGAAGAUGCACAAGUGGGCUUUACAGAAUCUCAGCUGGCAGUAUUAGAGUCAAAUGAAACGAUGAUUGAUCAAAGAGAAAGAGAGAUUACGCAAAUUGCAAAAUCAAUACAUCAAUUAGCCGAAAUAUUUCGAGAUUUACAGACACUUGUGAUUGAUCAAGGGUCACUAUUAGAUAGAAUUGACUAUAAUAUUGAACAAACGACAGUGCAGGUUAAAGAUGCAGUAGUGCAAUUAGAUAAGGGCGCUCGAUACCAAAAUAAAGCAAGAAAACGAAAACUAAUAUUACUUUUAAUUUUGAUUAUUUUAUUAUUAAUUGUUAUAUUAAUUGUAAAGCUAAAACGACAUUAAAUACUUGUAUGAAUAGCAUAUUUUAUUUAUGCAAGAAGCAAGAUAAAUAUACCUUUUAAUAAGGCCGCAGACUACCUUAUUCUAUAAAUAAUUUAAUGCUUGUUCUUCUUUUCUUCUCGAAGUGUUAAUUCAUUCUUCAAACUAUUCAAAUGAUCAACUUCUUGAUCAAGUUCUGUUUUAUUGUUACUAGAACUGUUCUUUAAAUCUUCAACUAUUCUUUCCUGUCCUUCAACCGAUUGGGAUAAUUGAUGUCGAAGUCCUUUUUCUUCAAUAGCGAAGGCUUCUUGCUCAUUUUUUGGGUUUUUUGCAGACAUUUUUUAACAGAAAAGAAUA